CCGACAGAUACGAUGUGCAUUGUAAUACACCUUAUAGGUAGCCCUUGACACGAAAACAAAAAGUUUAUAUUUAAUGCAGUCGGAGGAACUUUACCAGUGAGAUGGCUCGUUUCAAUUUAAAAGUUUUAAGUGAAUUUUACUUAAUAUUACACGUUUAUACUAUCACAUUCAGUAGAUGCCAGUUAGCUAGAGAAUUGAUUCUUCAGGGAUUCCCCCGGCAACAAUUAGAAAAUUGGGUGUGUCUCGUAGAAGGUGAAAGUUCAGGACGCACCGAUGUCAUCGGUGGGCCGGACUCUGACGGUUCCUACGAUCACGGUCUCUUCCAAAUCAACGACCGAUACUGGUGUGAUCACAAUCGCCCUGGGAAGGGAUGCAACGUGCUAUGCGCAGAUCUCCGAUUGGAUAACAUAUCGAUUGCGUCUCAGUGUGCUAAAGAAAUCUACAAGCAAAGUGGUUUUGAUGCUUGGGUUGCUUGGAGGCGCGAAUGCAGAGGGGAACUGCCAAAUCUUCAUCGCUGUGGAUUCUGAUCAAAAUCAACAAUAAAUAUACUACUACGUAUUUGUUUCUUAGGUUUUCAC